CUUGCACCAAACUUGACUCAAGCCCCAGACAAACAGCCAACAGUAUUCGUGUGGUGCCUACGGCUGAUACGGAAUCCGACUCUUACUUAUGCGUUACGGAUUGCCACGCUCAACUUCGCCAUCUCCUGAACGGAGAUCUCGCAGACGUACCUCCACUUUCGGUCUCCCAUCAGAUACCGAUAGCGAUUUCGAAGGGCCACCGACAGAUUCAGACUCAGAACUAUCCUCCCCAAGCUCCCUUUCAUCGGACUCAUUCUGCUAUGAGUCUGAAUCACAAGUCCCGCCACCGCCUCCCCGCCCAAAGCGCGAGCCACGCAGUCCAGCUGAACAACGCCAUGCAGAGGACACAGUGGCUGCUAUCCGCUUACGCACACGAUACCACGAUCCCUACGAAGAAUGGGAGAAACAAACGCGCAAGGAUGCAUUCCACACAGCGCGCAGAGCACAGGUUCAGACGCGCUUAGAGACGCAAGGUCGGCGUACCCAGCGUAACACGCAGGAGCUGAAAUCAUUGGCAGCUAUGCACGCACAGCAGCUCGUGGAAGUGCAGAAACAGCUCGCAGCAUUGCAGGUGCGGCAACAAACGGAGGUUAACAAGCUCGUAAGUAGCUGGCAGGAGCAAGAUAAGACAUUUCGCAAUAGGAUAGAGGGUGUUAUUCGCGUGGAAGAGGAGAAAUUACGUGCCAAACUCGAAGCUGAACGCAAAGCGCGGGAAGAGGCCGAGAGAAAACGGAAGGAGGAAGAAGAGAAACGCAAAGUGGAGGAACAGGCGAAGCGGAAAGAAGAGGAACAGGCGCAAAGGCAGCGGGAGGCAGAAGCGGCUGCAAAACACCAAGAAGAGGAGAAAGAGCGUUUGCGCAGGCAAAAGCUGGACGCUGAGGAAGCAGGGCAGGGCACAACUGGGGAUGUCAUUAGCCGAAGAGGAUUGGCCGGGCCAAUGAAGACAGUCAAGGGGAACCAGCCAUUCAAAUCCAAAUGGAGCGCCAUUCGCCGACAGAUAACACCAAAGAUCGGACAACUAACACACGAUAUCGAUUCUGUCAUGCGAAUAACUCAACAACUCAUAGAUAUUAUUUGCCCGUCAGAACGACUUCCUUUAGACAUCUACUUCGCCGCUCUAUCCUCACUAGCAAAAGCCGUCCUUCUCCAAGCCGAAACAGAGGUCACAGCUGAAAAACGAAGCGCUAUACCCCUGGCCAUGCUCGUGCAGCGGUGCGCGAUUCCUUCCACAGAUUCAGACGGUACUGCAUGGAACGAACUAGAGCGCAUCAAGGCGAUGGGAUACCGCACGAAUGAUGGUCAGAGAGAGACCUUAUCCGAUCAUGUUAUGCGCGUGUCUGGGAUGAUGCGUGUAUAUUUCUUGAUUCUAGCUGCGCCUGUGCCGCAGCCAUUGGAUAAAAUGUUCCAGUUACCACGUUUCUGGACGUAUUUCGCGAGAAUGAUUGGGGAUGAGAGAUUACUAGAGACGGCAGUAGCCGCACAGGUACUUCAUGCUGCACUUGACGUUGGAGGCAUGGAGGCGAAGUUCAUUUGGGGUAAUCAGUGGGUGAAGAUGCUGGAGUUGCUUUACGAGGGUGCAACGACUGGUAUCGGCGGAGUUGCAGGGAAGCUGCUCGGUGGUCAAACCCCCGAGGGAAAGGCUGCGCGUGUGCGCGUACAACUUCAGAUAGAACGCAUCAUGGAUACCACGAGCUUGCGAUGAGGCUUUCAGGCAUUCUUCCACCCAAUCACCAUCUAUUCGUUCACCACGUAUGAUAUUUUGGAAGUACAUGCAUUUUUGUACAGUAGCAUCAGCCUAUACAUAGAAUUUUACAACGCUA